AUGGCCUCCGUCGGCCCUUACGUCCUCCCCGGCGACGUGAUCGACGACUCCCUCAUCCCCUCGCAUCAGAAACUUCCCCUGCGCCUCGGUCCUGGUCUCCGACAUGUUCCUCCCAGACAAAUAGUGCCCACCAUCGCCGGCAAGCUCGUCACAGAUUGCAAGAAGAACUCAAUAUGGGUUGAGCAGACAAGUGGAAGGUAUAUACCCGCCGUAGGCGACCUCGUCGUCGGCACCGUCCAGCGCACCGCCGCCGAACUCUACUACGUCCUCCUCGCCGACUACUCAACACCCGCAAUGCUUCCCCAACUCUCCUUCGAAGGCGCGUCCAAAAAGACCCGCCCCCAAUUAGCAGCCGGCGCCCUCGUCUACGCCCGCGUCACCCUGGCGAACAAGCACAUGGACCCCGAGCUCGAAUGCGUCUACCAAUCCACCGGCAAGAGCGACGGCCUGGGGCCCCUCGUGGGCGGCAUGCUCUUCGACAUCUCACUAGGCAUGUCGCGGCGUCUGCUCAUGCCAAAGACGACGGAUCUCGUCGUGCUGGAGGAGCUGGGUGCCACGGGCGCGGCCUUCGAGACGGCCGUCGGUCGCAAUGGCAAGAUCUGGGUCAACAGCGAGAGCACCAAGAUCAUCAUCGCGGUGGGAAGGGCGAUCCAGGAGACGGACCAGCGCGGUCUCACAAUCGAUCAGCAGAAGAAGCUUGUGAGAUCUUUAAUCAAAGAUUUGAGUUAA